AUGGUGAUAGAUUAUAGAGAUGUGAACAAGAAGACCAUCAAGGAUGGAUAUCAGACAGCUCAAGUGAGAGUCCUCAUCAACGGACUUAAAGGAGCAAGAAUCUUCUCCAAGUUUGAUGCAAAAUCAAGUUUCUGGCAAGUCAAAAUGCAUCUUGAUUCCAUACCUUUAACUGCUUUUGGAACUCCUCAAGGACACUAUGAAUGGCUAGUCAUGCCAUUUGGAAGCAAGAGACUGGAUCCAGAAGAAGAGUCUGAACCAAAUAAGAAGACUCUAUCUGAAAGAUACAAGACUGGAGACAAAACUGUUGGACUGUUACAUGAUGGACGUCAUUACCAGUAUAUAGUCUCAUACGAUGAUGCUGAAUCAAGCAAACCAGCUGGAAAACAGAAGCCAAAACCAAUGAAGAAUUGGGACAAGCAAUUGGAUGAUAAAUCCACAUCAAAAGAAGAAGCUCAAUCGGCAACCUCUGAAGAUAAGAAGAAACUCUUAAAUGAGUUCUUGCUGCAUUCUAAGCCAGCCACAACUGUUCAAUCGAAGGCCCUUGAAGUUUUAACAGAAGAAUUGUAUGGAUCUCAUACUAAAGACAAGAAGAUUGCUACUGAAGAAUGUCAAGUUCCAAAGUUUGAAAUCUUAGUUGAAGUUCGGAGUCUAUGUAAGGAGCUCGGUACGAGAAAGGAGAGAUCAGGCGAACUUGGCAUUGAAGUUCUCACUACUUUUCGGAAAGAAAAGAGUCAGUCUACUAAGAGUUCUAGUAUAGUGAAUGUAUAG